AUGAAUCGCUCCGGAGGCUUGGCUUCCGAUGUCAUGGUGGCCACGACACAAGAACCCACGGUGAUGGAGGGGAUGCAACGCCAACCCCAGUCAGCAGGGCAGCCAGCCUACACGGCAACACCUGCGGAGGCGGCGGUGGAGGCAGCCCCUCCGCGACAAACUUACAAGAGCUGCACCUUCUGUGCCAAACGGAAGCGUGCCUGCGAUAGCCAGAGGCCUCGAUGCAGCCUUUGCAUCGAGAAGAAGCAGCCGUACUGCCACUACCCGUUGAAGCCGUUGCCGAAGCGGGCAGCAGCAAAGCCAGCGGCGGCGCGACGGCUGUCCUCCUCGUCCCCUUCGUCUUCCGACUGCUCCAUUUCCUCGGGAGAUGCCAGUAAGGCCAAGCGGCUGGCCGAAGCUCAAGAGGGUGCUUCGUAUGACACGGGGGGCGUGCUAGCGACCGUCAACACCCGGAGCAUGCCGACUGUGCGGGGUCGCAUGUCUCUCAAGAGGUGCCGGCUGAGCUCGUCGCCGGCUACAGGUCUCGUGGGCAUGCCGGAGAACGGUUUCUUGUGCGACUUCUUCGGGUGCUUUGGUAUCCUUCCCCUCACGACCGAGAGCACUGUUCGCAACGCGAUGGUGGAGGUCAUGAUGCGGCAGUGCGGCGGCCAGGCGUACUCCGGAACCGGUGGCUCCGGGAUGGAAGGACUGGCCGAGGAUGAGGAGAAGGACUGGCAUGGGGGUGGGGCGUUGGCUCGUCGACAUACUCUACCGGACCAUCCAGCCAAGUGCAUGAUGUGGUGCGCCAUCGCGCUGGGGGCGCUCAUGAGGGGUAUUUCGGUAGAGCAUGUGAUGGGGUACGUCCAGUUGGCGUGGAAGUCUCUGACUGAGUGCUUUGACGGGAGAAGCGUCGAACACGCCAGAGCCUACCUCAUCAUGUCCUUCUUGCACCGCGUCAUCGGUGACGAGGACAAGAACGAGCGCUAUAUGUCUUUCGCGGUGAAUAUUGUGUCCAAGCUUAGACCAGAGGACGUGCCAAAGGAACUGGGGCUAAUGCUGAUGACCACGGACAAAUUAAGGGUGUCCGCGUGUAACCCGCAGCCAGGGGACGAUCUCAGCACUUCCUGCGACGAGGCUCUGGAGCUACCACAGGUGCGGGAGGCUCAACACCCCUUGACGCCGACGGACGUCACCAACGUGUUCCUCGUGGCGGACGGCCUGCUCAGUCAGGCCUUCAUCGCUGACAUGACGUCGGCAGGAGCGAUUCCUGCGUCGGGAGGAGGCGCCGCACCACACGAGGAGAAAGGGGAGCCUGUUCUCGGCGAGUCCUACCGAGAGCUGGGAGGCGGUGGGGUGAUGGAGGAGGGUGGCAAACAAGUGCGGAGUGCGGGCGUGGCCUGUGAUGACGAGGAACUAGCCAACCGGUCGCACCGUGAACCAGACGUGCCCCCGACAGGGCCCGCUAUGAAGCGCUUCGCCCGGGAGGCUCUGCCAGAGAUGACGAGCUUGGCGAAGACGCUGGAAAGUUCCGAUACGUGCUCGGGGGUCGGCGGUGUUCUCUAUCACGGUAACGUAGCCUACAUGCGGGCUAUUGCAGGCGAUCUGGACAAGUCGUUCGAGUCUCUCCAGGCCUGCGUAGACGUAGUGCUGCGCUACCCCGGCCUCGUCCGUUUCAGGUCUCAUUUGAUACACUGCAUGCUCGCUGCGAGCCACUUUUUCAAUCGGCGAGACAUGUACGACGCCAUGAGAGGGGUGUACAACUCCGUGGGUCCUAUGGGAUAUCCACAAAUUCCACCCUACGAAGAAUGGAGGACGAUUCGUCAGGUCUGCCCCCACGUCAUGUGCAGGUCGAUGGAGGCGGAACGUCUCCAACGGUAUGGCGAGGGACCUGUGCAGACAAACGCCCCUUCUGAGGAACCGGUGACGUCUGAACCCUCGCCCGGCUCGAUGACGUCCCCCCUCAGCGGAGCGGACAGUCAGAGCAGUGGCGCGCCCCCAGAAGGGCUGGCAAGCGAGGAGCAGGGGUCGCUAGCGCCAACGACGGCCACAGGUGCCACUGCUGUGUCAUCACCGCUCCCCGACACUCCGCACACCUCGGCGACAUUCGUGCAAGACGUCGAUGGGAACGACGGUGCGGCUACUGGAGACAUGCCGUUGCAACGUGGGCUGGUGGCGACGGCCAUGCCCAUCCCGGAAUUGGUAUACUCUGCAAAGGGUGAAGCCGGCGGUGUUCGGCAUGCCGGCUGGUCGCGUGCGGCCGCUACCGGAGAGCAGGUCCGCAGUAGCACUACCGCUCCCGCUCCAGGUAGCCCAAAGAUCGGGUUCAAGUGGUGGGGAGGAGAGGUUGUGUCAGGGGGGGCGGAGAUGAACAUGACUGACGCGGAUCUGUUGGAUAUCGCGGCAGCGUUCGCGAAUGACGAGGGGCUUUUGGAAGAACUGUAAAUAAGCUAGGGAUGUCUCGUUGGUGGAGGCGCGUUGAUAAUGGUUGGCGUUGUUUUUUGUACCCCAUUGGUGU